GGGACUGGACAGCUUCUUCAACAUCCGUCUAGGUCCUACACACAUAAAAUACUAGUCGUGUGAUAGAACUAGUCAUCUUACAUUUAGACAUCUGAAGAAUCACAACAGGGUCAUGUGUAGAAUUUCUUAACUUUCUUGAGGCUGUAAAUCAAAUGAAGCAAAAGAGAUCGUCAUAUUUUGGGCUUCUUCGUGCAAAUGUUUACUCACAUCGUUCCAACACUUGCUGAAGGUGUAAGCAUUUAAUAUUUAUUUACUUUUCUCCCCGAACACCUUACCGUAUUAUUUAUUGUUUCGAGAUUUGCGGAAGUGGUGAACAAUGUCGAGACGAAAAGGAGCUAUUCUAGUGACCCCCGGGGUACAGGGUGUGUAUCGUCCUCGAGAUGUGCAGCCCUUGGGUACCGACGUGCCGCAGGACCAGGCGGUCGGCGUGGAGAAUGCAGCUUUUGAGGCAGAAAUCCCUAAUGGUGAUCCACAUGCAGUGGUACAGUCUACGGAUACAGACAGUAACAGUUCUGGAUUUGCGUCCAUUGAAGAUAAUUCAGCGACCCCUUCAUCCCGGGGGAAUGGAGGCGACACCAACAGAGACAUCAAGGUGGUGGAAGUGGUGCCGGUGAAACCCGAUGCAGGAAAAGGUACAGCUGACGUGCAGCUGAAGAAGUCCAUCAACCUUCUGCACUGCACCGCCAUUAUGGUAGCCGUCACAGGCCACUCCUCCGUCUUCAUCUCGCCUGCCGCCAUUUUAGGCCUCGCUGGAUCCGUCGGUGCCUCCCUGGUUGUGUGGCUUGUAGGCGGACUAAUCAACUUGGGGCUGGCGCUGUGCUUCGCGGAACUAGGAACGAUGCUGCCCAAAGCCGGCGGACCUUAUGCCUACGUCAUGCGCACCUUCGGGCCGCUGGCAGGCUUCCUGAUCAUGUGGGGCUACGUGGUGCUAAUUGCAGGGCCCUUCUGGGCCUUCCUGGCCUACACAGCGGCUCUGUACAUCGUCAAGCCCGCGUUUCCUGAAUGUCAGCCCGAGCAGAUGGACACAGGUGUCAAGAUUCUGGCAGGCUGGAUCAUGAUAACGAUGGUGGCGCUGAACUGCGUGUACAUGAAGUACGUCACCAAGAUCCAGACUCUGCUGUCCAGCACCAAGAUCGUGGCCCUGCUUAUCAUCAUCAUCGCCGGCUUCUACCAAAUGGCGGUGGGAAAUACAGAGAAUUUAGACGAUAUAUUCGACGGAACUACCCAGGAACCUGGCAAGUUUGCUGUCGCCAUAUUUUACUCUAUAUUUUCCUACGGCGGAUGGCAGGUGAUGACUUCACUUAUGGAAGAAGUGAAAAACCCUGGAAGAGACCUGCCGCUUUCUGUGUACAUAACAUUCGUCAUUGUCAUCAUCAAGUACAUCCUCACAAACGUCGCCUACUACACCCUGAUCACGCCCCAGGAACUUCUGCGUUCCAGCGCCAUUGCUCUGAUGUUCAUGGAUCGCCUUUAUCGGCCCGUGUCACCGCUGAUAUCAGUCCUUGUGGCCACCACUUCCAUUGGCGCUUUGAACGCUUCUAUCAUGGGACACUCACGGCUGCUGUUUGCUGGUGCUAGAAAUGGUCACAUGCCGCUGUUGAUGGGCAUGGUCCAUCCCAAGUACCUCACGCCGUGGCCAGCAAUUUUUGCUUUGCUAGUGUGGAGCUUAGUGAUGCUGUACUCUGGCAGUGUGACAGACAUGAUGGAAUUCAUUUCUUUGUUUUCUACGAUCAUGGGCAUAGCAGUUGUCUGCUCACUACUAUACCUGAGGUGGAAAAGGCCAAAUGAAAAACGACCCUACAAGACGAUGCUGUUUGUUCCUGUUGUGCAACUCAUCAUCAACUUGGCGGUGCUAGUGCUGGCUAUUUACCAGAAGCCUCAUCGGAUGGGUAUUGGCCUGUUGAUCUUGUUUGCUGGCGUCCCUGUUUACUGGCUUGGCGUUCUCUGGCGCUCAAAGCCAAAGGAGUUCACAUCUAUGAUAGAGGGUAUUACAGUGCUGAUACAGAAAGCACUUCUUCUCACAAAGUCACAAUGAAUGGCAGAACAAGGAGUGGAUAGUACUGUCUGAUGUUGGUUGCAACACUUCCAUAAGUUGGACUUAUACAGUAUACAAGUUUGAUAACUUGGCAAGUGAUCUAGUCAUGACACUGAUGAUGAGAAUGGCAAUGACAGGUGUAAAAUAACCACCUUAGCCAUGAAAUCAUGAAAAUAGCUGAAAACACAGGCUAGUCAUGACACUGAUGAUGAGAAUGCCAAUGACAGGUCUAAAAUAACUACCUUAGCCAUGAAAUCAUGGAAAUUGCUGAUAAACACAUGACCUCAACAGGUCAAAAUGGAGGAUCAGAUUGAAUGGCCAUAUCAAAGACACAGAAAAGAAAAGUGAAUGCCACUGGCUUAGCUUAUUGCCAUAUCAGUCAAUAUUUGUCUUUCAGUAAGAACAGGUGUAUGAAUGAAGACAUGCUGUCUGCAUUUUAAGAGGUGUGCAUGCAUUUGAGUUUGUGUGUUAGGAUCUAUGUCAACAUUUUUAUGUAAAAAUAUUUUGUUAAUGCUAAAGAUAACAAAGAGAACCUGAUAAAAAUAAAAAUAUUUUCCAUCUUUU